AUGGAAGUUUGUGAUGGUAUUCUUUGUCGACUGUGGAAUGAAAGUUUCUUCCAGGGCAUGUCUGUCAAUUCAUCUUCUGACCAGUGUCAACGGUAUAGUAAGUCGUAUCUAGAGGUAUGGAAGGGAAAUGCGACUUAUCAAUCAACGGUUCUUCAAAAUGAUGAUCAGAAUACAGAAAAUUGGCAGACAAGAACUAGCAGCAUUGGAGAAGAGACAGAUUAUCUUUGGGAAUCGACAACUGAUGUUUUAAUAACAGCAAAUAAUGAUGUCACGGGAACGACCAGUGGUAUCUCUACAACAACAACGCUACAAGAUGCAACAAACAGCAUGAUCUCUACGUCCAUGACAUUACUGGAAUCAACAACUAGCAGUACCUCUACAUCAACAACGCUAAGCGAGAAAACAAAUAGUGAUACCUCUUCAUCAACAACACCAAGCGAUAUCACAAGUAAUGGUACCCCUACAUCAACUACACUAAGCGAUACCACAAGUAGUGGUACCCCAACAUCAACAACAAUAAGCGAUAUCACAGCUAGCGGUACCUCUACAUCAACAACAAUAAGCGAUACUACAAGUAGUGGUACCUCUACAUCAACAAAGCCAAGCGAUAUCACAAGUAGUGGUACCUCUACAUCAAGAACACUAAGCGAUACCACAGCUAGCGUUGCCUCUACAUCAACAACACAAAGCGAUACCACAAGUAGUGGUUCCUCUACAUCAACAACACUAAGCGAUACCACAACAAGUGGUACCUCUACAUCAACGACGCUAGGUGAACGCACAAGUUGUGGUCCCUCUACAUCAACAACACUAAGUGAUGCCACAACUAGAGUUACCUCUACUUCAACAACAUUAAUUGACACAAUAACUAGCUCUACCUCUUCAUCAACAAUGCUACUAGAUUCAGCAAUUAGCAGUGCCACAACAUCCUCAACAACCAACGGUUUCUCUGCAACAACAGCGCUACUGGGUUCGAAAACUAGCGGCGUCUCCAUUUCAACCACUAUUACAGAGAGUCCAAUCGAAGCAUGUGUUAUGCAAUACCAGUUUCAAGAUGGAAAGAUUGUGGAUAUCCCUUGUCUAAAUGAUACCUAUCACUGGAUUGUAAUUCAAAGGCGAAUCGAUGGGUCUGUAGAUUUUUACAGAAACUGGACCGAAUACGAGAACGGUUUUGGAUCUGUAAACUCUGAAAUCUGGUUAGGUAACCAAUAUAUAAACGAAUUGACCAGCUCUGGAUACACUAUUCUGAGGUUAGAUAUGAUGGAUCAGGACUCGGUAUGGAGACAUGUUGAAUACAAUUUUACCAUAGAGGAUAGAGCAAAUAAGUAUCGACUUCACAUAGUAUGCAGGGAAUCUUGCGAUAUAGACAGCAUGUGGACUGGUCUUUUCUCUACCUAUGAUGAAGAUAAUGAUAACUGGAAGCAAAAAGACUGUGCACUGGACUACAGUGGGGGAUGGUGGUACUCAGGGGAUGCGUACUGUACAGAGGGCAAUCUUAAUGGAAUGUACUCUAUAACUGGCCAACACAAUGAAAAGCGGGGAAUUUAUUUUUUUCAUUGGCAUGGAUAUGAACCCCUUAAAUACGUCAGAAUGAUGAUUCGACAGCCGUGA